CCUGCCUCCAUCUUGCUUCCAGGGAAGUUCUUUUCAGCAGACUCCUUAUGUUUCAUUGAGGUCGGAUGUCAACAUUAGUCUUCCUCUGCAUGUCAGGUCAGGCAUGUACCAACCGCUCCACCCAACCUAAGACUGAUCCCUCGUUCCUCUAACCCAACACGUCUUAGAGACGCUCCUGAACGCGCCAUCAGCUGUCCUGAGAACUAAAUCAGAAGACAAACAAUUACCACUUUCUCUCUCGGUGAUUUGGAUGUAGAUUGAGAUGCAGAGGGAACCCAGUUCUGCAGCAAUCCUCCCUGACAAAACCAAACCAGGAAAAUUAAGUAAAUCCAAAAAGAAUGAAACAACAAACGAAGAUAUUCCAGAGCCCAGAAACAGAGCUGAGCUGAUGAAAAAUUGGAUUAAUCUGACUUUGGAUAAUAAAACAGCCAAUAAGCUGCUGUGGAUUUCAGACGGCGGUUCGAAGGUUUGUCGCAGAACCAAAGAGGUUUGUCCUGUGCUGGACGGACCUGAGAGAUACGAAUAUUCUCCACAGGUGUUAUGCAAGGAGAGCAUUUGGAAGCGCAGGGCUUACUGGGAGGUUGAGUUUUCUGGCUGGGUGGCGGUGGGAGCUACGUACGACCAAGCAGCAAGGAGAGCGUAUUCUGGGAUGAGCGGCCUGGGAGAAAACGAGCAGUCCUGGGGUUUGUGCUGGGCGGGCAGCUGUUACCAGAUAUGGUUCAACUGCGACCACGAAGACAUCAGCGACGUUCCGUUCUGCUCCAGGAUCGGCAUGUACGUCGACCAGCCGGCCGGGAUCAUAAACUUCUACGCUGUAGCCGGCGAGGGCGCGGAGAAGGAGGUCAGGCUGCUGCACCGAGUCACAACCACGAUGGAGAAAAAGAUUCUUCCAGGGUUCUGGCUGGGAGUUCAGUCUUCAUGCACCUUACUGAGGAAAACAGAAUGAGUCACAGCAACUAACGCUGUUUAUGGAGACCGUUAUGUUUAAACGCUUAAGAAGUAUGAAUGUCGGUGUGUUUUAUUGGGAUUUAUGAGAUAUACUAACACAAAGUAUUAAAUAAACUGAGAUAAUAAUAAACUUAAUUUAAAAACUCCAACAUAAAUGUCAGCAUUUGAUGCGCUGUAUGCGACUCUAGCUUUUAAGCUAAUUUGGAUCCAUGGUUUUCCAAAUAAAAAUAUGGAAUGUUAUGCAUUUAUGCUGAUGCCUAUUAAUAAAAUACAGGGGAACUAAUGCUAGAAAAUACCUUAUUGUGGAGUUAAUGUGCGUUCACACCAACCCUGUUCAGCUUUAAGCUCUAGUUCAUUUGCCUGGAGACUCGGGUUUGUUUCCAAACUCUGGUCCGUCUACCAGCCACUCUCUUAGUUUGGUUGAAGUGAACUCUGGUGCUGUUCGAAUGCAUAGAAAUACCAAGAGCUCCAAAAGGACAAAGUGAGCAAGAGUGCAGGGCAUUCUGGGUAAAUACAACCAAAACAAACACGACGGUUCAGCUGGUCUUUUACCAAAGACAAAUCAGAAAUCCUACAAACGCUAAAAUCUGACGCUACGCCACGUUUGGUUACAUUUCUUGAAGAAGGAAGUUGCGCUCAGAGUUUUCUUCAGAGGUUUUCAAGUUGUUUCCUGAAUCCAACUGGGAAUUUUUUGGCAAGAAAUGGAAAAUACAGAGGAAAAUACACCCAACACACUUACAGUUGUAAUAUUAGCAAAAAGAGUUUCUGCAAAUACUAACUGUGAUCAAAUUCAAAUGCAAAUUACUGUAAUUAUUCUGGAUGUUUUACUGGUUUUCAAAUCUCUUGAAAUAAACAUUUUUGGAACUAA